AUGGAUAAUGGAGAGACAAUAUUAACAAGGAAGAUAAUGUUUGGUCUUUUUUCGGAGGUUGGAUUAGACAACUCCCAAUUUCACAUCAAAGAGAGCAAGCUAAACACCAUGAUUGCUACUAAAGAAAGGCCCACGUUAGCAAUGUUUGCCAGAGCACUUGAAGGAGGUGAAGUUGUAGGAGGAGGGGAGGCAGGUUUGGUCACUGCAGGGAGCGGUGGGUCAACAACAUCUGCAACAUCCAAGGCUGGUGUCGGGGAACUUGCUGGUGGCUGUGUUUCUUCAGGAAUUGUCUUCAGCAGACUACCAGCUUCAGCUGGUAUGAUGCCGUAUGAGCCCUCAGGCAUGGAAUCAGAAGAACAUGGACUUCCUGCAAUGGAUCAAUGUAAUAUGUUAGUGUGCAAGCUUGUGAAGUAG